CGGUCACGCAAGGCCUCCUUAGCCUUUCCUUUAUCGCCCUUUCACUCAGUCUUGUUUGUUUCUUUCUCUCACUCUCGAUCUCGCCGCGAAAGCUUUCUCUUCCAAACGCAAAUCCAAAACCAGCGAUAAGCUCUCCGCCAAAUCUCCCCAAAACCCUCUCUCCUCUACUUUUCUUCUUCUACUUCUUCUAUUCGUUCAUCUCCUUCUCUCACGUAUCCUCGAAGUUGGUUGUUUCAAUCCUGCAAUGGCCGAAGCAAGGAAGCUCGAUCUGCCUGACGAUCUGAUCUUGUCCAAAUCGUCUGAUCACUUGAAAGAAUUGGCGUCAGAUAACAGCAUUCCGUUGUCUCCGCAGUGGCUUUACACGAAAUCAAGCGAGAGCAAGAUGGAUGUUCGAUCUCCUACUCCAGUGCCCAUGGGAAAUCCAAGUGACCCAAAUCUGAAGGAUGCAUGGCGCUUGGAUGCACCAGAAGACAAAAAGGACUGGAAGAAAAUCGUUCCUGAGAAUGAAACAAGUCGCAGAUGGCGUGAGGAGGAAAGAGAAACUGGUUUACUCAGUGCUAGGAAAGGGGAUCGAAGAAAAUCAGAACGUCGCAUUGACAAUGUCUCAAGCAGAGAAACCGGCGACAGUAAAACCUUUGCAUCUUCUGAUAGGUGGAAUGAUGUUAAUUCUCGUGCUGCUGUACAUGAACCUCGACGCGACAACAAAUGGUCAUCUCGGUGGGGUCCUGAAGACAAAGAUAAAGAAACUCGUUCUGAGAAGGUAGAUAAUAACAAGGACAAGGAAGAGCCUCACAUGGAAAGUCAAUCUGCGGUUGGCAGCGUCCGUGCAACUAGCGAACGGGACUCUGAACCUCGUGACAAAUGGAGGCCACGUCAUAGAAUGGAACCCCAGUCUGGUGGGCCCAAUUCUUAUCGCGCUGCACCUGGGUUUGGACUUGAUAAAGGACGAACCGAGGGCUCACAUUUAGGGUUCACCGUGGGACGAGGAAGGGCGUCCGUAACUGGGAGGGGUUCUUCAACUACCUUAAUUGGUGCUGGUGCGUUCUUAAGAAGUGAAGGUAUCCCUGGUAAACAAAGCCCUGCAGCCUCUAUGUACCAGUAUCCAAGGGCUAAGUUGCUUGACUUGUAUAGAAAACAGAAGCCUGAUCCUUCCCUCGGUAGGGUGCCCAUUGAGAUGGAGGAAGUUGCCUCCAUUACUCAAGUUGCUUUGAUCGAACCUCUAGCUUUUAUCGCACCUGAUGCUGAAGAAGAGGCAAGCCUUAACGGUAUAUGGAAGGGAAGGAUCACUAGUAGUGAAGUUCACAUUUCAUCUGGGGAAGAAUCCUUAGGUAACAAUAGUCUAGGUGAGACAAAAGAGGAUGGUGCUUUGCUAGGGGUUUUGAAUGGUGACAAUCGUUCCAUGCAUAAUCGUGAUUCGGGAUUACUUGGUAGUCAUAAUGGAGGUCCGUUGGGUGUUUCAAGUGUCUCAAGACUGAAUUCAGUGGCUUCUGAAAGUUAUCAAGUAUCUCAUGGAAGUCCUGAAGCGGUUAGAUCUGCGUUUGAUAAAUCCUCUGUGGUAAACGGAAGCGAACCCAUUGUUGCUUCUUUUGAGCAAGAUUACAUGGGAAAGCUGCAGGAACCAGAUAUUGAAGUAAAUCACUCAGAAGGGGCUAUACCACCUGACGAGUUUAUGUUCUUGUAUAUUGAUCCUCAAGGAGUAAUUCAGGGACCGUUCGUUGGUUCUGACAUUAUUUCAUGGUUUGAACAAGGAUUUUUUGGGACAGACCUACAGGUUCGCUUGGAAAAUGCCCCAGAUGGAACUCCUUUUCAAGAUCUAGGCAGUGUCAUGUCAUAUUUAAAGACAGAAAGUGUUCAUGCCCAUAUCAGUGAUCAAAAGAGUGAGCUAGAAGGGAUCAGUUUAAAAGCAAAUUCGGAGACUGGUUUAUCAAUUGCACCUGUAGCAGAGUCUAAUGGUCCAUCCUCUAUUACUGACACGUCUCCUUCAUUUUCCAUGUACAAUAACCCCUCAGCCCACGAGAAUUUUCAUAGAAAGUCCGAGUCUGAAGCUUAUUUGAAACCACCACAUGCUGAUGACCGAAGUUUUUUGGAUUUUUCUGCUCAAGAUGAAGAAAUCGUAUUCCCUGGAAGAGUUGGAGUUUCUGGUUAUGCGUCGGUAAAAUCCUCGACAAGUAUGCAUGAUGCUUCAAUGGACUUUUCUGGCCACUCUGCUAUUCCUGUUGAAUCAACUAAAGCUGCUACUCGAAAUCAAAAUGAGAACAAGCUGCACCCGUUUGGUUUGUUGUGGUCUGAGCUAGAGAGCGGUAAUACACCAGUUAAUCGGUUACCUAACAGGUCUUAUGGUGCAAUGGGGGAGCCUACUGGUUCUAUAGACAAUUGGCCCAUUGAUUCCCGGAAAAAUACACAAAUUGACCCUAACAUGUCUCUCGAUGCUCUGGCUGCUAACCGGAUGUCGCAGUUUGAUUAUGAAUCUAACCGCUUUAACCUUGAGGAUCAAUUUCCAUCAAAUCAACAUCGUCAACAGCAAUUGCAUAAUCGGGAUAUGCUGUCACAUUUAAAUAUAAGUGAUCAAGCUCAGGAUCUGGAGCACUUAAUAACUCUCCAGUUGCAGCAGCAGGAGAAGAUUCAGUUGCAGCAGCAGCAGCAGCAGCAGAAGAUUCAGUUGCAACAGCAGCAGAAGUUUCAGUUGCAACAGCAGCAGAAGAUUCAGUUGCAACAAGAACAUCAAUUACAUCAGAAGCUAUUACAGGAGCAACAACAGUCCCAUGCGCGACAAUUUCAUUUGCAACAGAUUCUGCAAGGACAGACUCCUGAUUCAAGGUUUGGACAGUCACAUGACUUUCCGCGAUCCAAAAGUGUUGAUCAGAUUUUGUUAGAGCAGCGGCUAAUGAAUGAAUUGCAGAAGAGUUCUGGCUAUCCGUCACAUAAUUUUGCACCACACAUUGAGCAACUAGCCGCAGGAAAUUUUGGGCAGUUGCCUCAUGAAGGCCAUCAGAAAGAGCUACUUGAACAGCUACUGCAGUCUCAAUACGGUCAAAUGCAAUCUCAACAUGGACUACUGCAAUCUGAACCAAUCCGGUCUUUGGAGCACCAGCUACUACAGCACGAGCAGCUCAUGCAGUUGGCAAAUGGAGUGAGGCACAAUACACUAAUGGAUGAACAGAGACAUAUUGACCCUCUGUGGCCAUCUGAUCAUAAUGAUCAGCUUCUAAGAACUCAUCUUGGAAUCCACCGCUCCCGCUCUUCUGCGGGAUUUGAACCACUAGACUUUCACCAACAGCAGCAGAGGCCACCCUUUGAGGAUCAGUUUGGUCAACUUGAGCGGAACAUUUCAUAUCAGCAACAAGUUCGACAAGAUUUAUUCGAGCAGGGUCUUCCAUUUGAGCGAUCAGCAUCCUUACCUGUAAGUGCACCGGGGAUGAAUCUGAAUGCAGUACUUGGACUCUCGCAGGGUCUAGACUUGCGGGAUGCCACUGCCCGCAUGCAGUCUUCUGGCAGAUUGGGAAAUUCCACUCCGGGUUUCAAUCAACAGAAUCCUCGUAUACCAUUAGGUGAACCGCAUUUUGCACAAUUGGAACCAACGAGGGAACGCUGGCCUGGAGCUGAUACACAGCUACCUGGUGACUGGGCCGAAUCUCAAUUUCAUAGAUCAAAUAUUGAUUCUGAACAUCAUAGAAUGAGGUCAGAAAUGAGGAGAUUGGGCGAAGAUUCCAAUUCAUGGAUGGGAGAUGGAUCUACAGACGACAAGUCAAAGCAGCUUUUUAUGGAGUUGCUCCACCAGAGACCCGGCCAUCAAUCUGCUGAGUCACCGAGCUUGAACCGUGGGCAACCCUAUGACAGGAUGGCUCCUUCAGGCCGUGGCCAAAACGCUUCAUCUACUUUUGGGUCGCAGUCAUUUUCUGAUGAACAGGUAAACAGAUUGCCAGGAGACGGGAACUAUAUGAGAUCAUUGCAUCGUAGUAGUUCCUUGCAUUCUGGAAGUAUGGAUGGUGGGCGGUCAACACAGAAUGAAACUCAUCAAGCGUUGAGUAAUAUGUUUGCUAUGAAUAAAGACGCGAAUGACAUCAAAACUUGGAACAAUGUGCCGCCUAAAAAUGAGGGAAUGGGAAGGAUGUCAUUUGAAGUCAAAGACAGAAUGGGCAAGCAAUUAGAGUCCUUGGUUCAAGGGGAGCUUCCAGUUGUUACGCCUGCCCAACAGUCUUCUUUCAAUAUAUCUGACCCAUACAGCGACAACUUAGUUGGAGAAGAUAGAAGGAAGGAUAGGUUGGUAGUGGCAUCACACGGGCAGGAAUCAGUGAUGUUAAAAAGGCCUCCGUCAUCACAUUCGUCAUCGUCGCAUGAGGGAUUGCUCGAGCAUAUGUCCGACACAGCUAGCAGGACAGCCACUUCUUCGUAUAGUGGAGUUGAAGGAGGAGGUGGGAGACGGGAAGCAGGAGGAGCGGGGAACAAAGGGACGACGACGGCAGAGGCGUCUUCGUUCAGUGAGAUGUUGAAGAAGAGUAGUGGAAGUAGCAUGAGCAUGAGCAUGAAGAAGGUGGCCGAGUCAUCGUUAUCAGAUGCAGCCAACGAAGGAGGCAAAGGCGGAGGGAAGAAGAAAGGGAAGAAAGGGAGGCAGCUUGAUCCAGCUCUCCUCGGUUUCAAAGUCGCUAGCAAUCGCAUUCUUAUGGGCGAGAUUCACCGCGCUGAUGAUUUCUAACCUCUCUCUCUUCUCUUCACUUCUCUCUUUGUACAAAAAUCUUCUUUUUACAGAUAGCUUUUCAUACUUCUUAGGCUUAUAGAAUAUAUAGAUAGAUCUUUUUCAGACACAUUUGAGUUCUUCGCUCACAUUAAAACAUGGGAGACAAUAAAUAAACAGAUGUUUUCUUGUAAAGAAUUCUCUCCCUCUGUUUCAGAAAGAAUAAUGCUUUUUUGAGAAA